AUGGAUGCUCAGCGAGCUCUGUUGGACGAACUUAUGGGUACAGCUCGUAAUCUGACCGACGAAGAGAGAAGAGGUUUCAAGGAGAUUAAGUGGGACGAUAGAGAAGUCUGUGCAUUCUAUAUGGUUCGAUUUUGUCCUCAUGAUCUCUUUGUCAACACCCGAAGCGAUCUUGGAGCAUGCUCGAGAAUUCAUGAUCCAAAAUUGAAAGAGAGCUUCGAGAACUCUCCGAGGCAUGAUUCAUAUGUUCCUAAAUUCGAGGCAGAGCUUGUUCAGUUUUGCGAGAAGUUGGUGAAUGAUCUUGACAGAAAGGUAAGGCGUGGACGAGAACGCCUUGCGCAAGAGAUUGAACCUCCUCCGCCACCUUCUCUAUCUGCAGAAAAGGCUGAACAGUUGUCUGUUUUGGAGGAGAAAAUCAAGAACCUUCUUGAACAAGUGGAAGCACUUGGUGAAGAAGGCAAAGUGGAUGAAGCUGAAGCGCUAAUGAGGAAGGUGGAAGCGCUUAAUGCCGAGAAGGCAGCGCUGUUACAACGACCAAGUGACAAGGUACUAGCGAUGGCACAUGAGAAGAAGAUGGCACUGUGUGAGGUUUGUGGCUCAUUCCUUGUGGCUAAUGAUGCUGUAGAAAGGACUCAGUCUCAUGUCCUUGGAAAGCAGCAUGUUGGCUAUGGCUUGGUCCGGGAUUUUCUCGCUGAACAAAAAGCUGCUAAAGAUAGAGGAAAGGAAGAAGAAAGGCUAGUCAGGGGAAAAGAAGCUGAUGAUCAGAGGAAACCGAGGGACAAGGAAAGCGAGAGCAAGAGGAGUGGUUCGAGUGAUAGAGAAAGACACCGUGAUCGAGACAGAGAUGGUGACAGACACAGAGACCGUGGUAGAGACCAUAGAAAGCCUUAUGACAGGAGAUCCAGGAGUGGGAGAGAGGGUCGUCAUGAUCGAAGCAGGUCACGGUCUCCUCAUGGAAGGUCUGGUCAAAGAAGGGUCUCGAAAAGCCCCAUUCGCCAGUACUAG